UUUCUAAAAUGGCGGUAGUGACUACCAAAAUGCCCUUCUUUGUUCGUGAAAGUGAAAUGUUGAAAGGAUGAUUGCAAAUUCUAUCUAGCUCUACUAGAGCUGCUAUUUGCGUAAAGUAUGGCUGGUAUAUCAAAACUGGAAGAGGUUUUCAGUGACGACGACAGCUCCAGUUUUUGGACUACCCCUGCCGAUGACAUCUUCCGGUUUUCGAAUCUCUCCCCAAGUCACAUGUCCGUACUUAAAGAGAGCGGACCAUUUGUUGCUGUAGUGUUGUCUUGUUGGGAUAAUGUUUUGGGGCCAAGACUUCAACAUGUGUGGAGAGGAAAUGGAGACACAGAGUCCCAGGAAAAAAGUGUCAAGUAUGUGGUCGGCCGAACUCUCCAUGGAGAACUCUUACGAGAUGCACCUGAAAAUGUGGUGGACACAAAACUAUAUGUGGUGAAGGAUUAUGGCAUUGUGUGUCAUUCAUUUAUAUUCUCAGGCUGUGACAAGUAUGGCAUCAACAUUUCUGCACUUUCUUUCAUCAUCCCAUUAUCAGAAUUCCAGAAUUACUUGCCAUUAUUGGAGUUAGUGGAAGAACGUGUAAAGAUUCUUAUUGCAAAGUUGAGAGUCUUACAAGCCAAGAACUUGACAUCUUCUCUGUCAGCAUUCAGCAAAUAUCUUCCUCGCUUUAUCCAGACUAUCGCAAGUCUGAAAACAGCAGGCAUCCCUGAUUCUAUUCCAGUGAGUAUGCAGUCUAUUCAUAACAACCUGUAAACAUAAUGUGAGGAUUUUCUGUAUA